UGUAAACAAUACAAACACCUCAGAGGACACCACAUCACUGCACAAGAUGGGUUACAACUCUCAGCACAUCUUGACGAUAGUCUGUAGUUUCUCCUUCCAUCUGACCAUCUCCGAAUGGCUGUCCUCUCCAUUGCUGCGGAAACUGGCGCCUGUCUUCGUGACUUUACCGGCCAACAAACAGGUGGUACUGAGAAACAGCGUCAUGUCCAUCGUCCAUGCUGCAAUAUCAGGUGGUCUCGCCCUGUUCAUGCUCCUUUUUGUCGACGCCUUAAAACCAGACGAUCCGUGGUUUCAAACACCUAUCGUGGUCUAUACGACAUGUAUCUGUUUGGGAUAUACGGCAGCAGACAAUUUGAUGAUUGCGACUCAUGUCCCUCUACGAGACUGGAAGAUGGUACUGCAUCACUCUAUUGCCGUGUGGGCGUGUCAUAAUGUCAUUGCUGGACCUACAUUGCAGUAUUUUGUCAACCUUACUCUUCUGACGGAAUUGUCCACCCCCUUUGUGAAUAUGAGACUGAUUCUACACACCCUGGGCCACCGACAUUCACUGCUGUACAAAGUAAACGGCGUGGCCAUGCUGGUGGUGUUCUUCCUGUGUCGUGUCGUGACCGUCCCCAUUCAAUUCGGAGCGCUUCGACACAUGAAGACAGGCGAGGUGUACAAACUUGGAACUGGCGCUCUCAUCAACAUCUCUGUUCUGACUCCCAUCAUGUGUGUGUUGAACAUAUUCUGGUUCAUCAAAAUGUGCAAGGGUGCAUAUCGCGUACUGUAUGUUCCCAAGAUGGAUACGGAGUGAUUUUCAGUCACUUAAAAUCCAUUUCGAAUUAAGCUUUAUAUGCCUACACUUGAUUGAUGCAAUGUGCAAAUGAUGAUAUCUUUUUAAAAGUACGGUUUGCAAUUGUGUGGUACUGUUUUAAACUGAAACACUGGAAUACACAUAUUUGUUAUGCAUGCACGUACUAAAACAGACUCCAUUGUAUGCUUUUCGUCUAUUUUAAAACUUAAAAUGAAGUUUGAUUAGAUAUCAUUAUAAUGAAUCGCAUGCCAUGUUGAAAAUGAAGGUAGAUACGGCAGCGAAAUCUAUACAUAUAUACGACAUACUUUGCAUGAUCAGCAGGGUUACCAAAGACCUGACGAAAGAAUCAACAGAUGAAAGGUUGAACGAUGUAUUACGUUUCAAUACAUUUCAGCCGAACUGUAAA